AUGAUUACCAGGAAAAAUCAGGAUACUGUAGUUGUGAUAAAUAGGAAUGAAUAUUUUGCUGAUCCGAAGGUACAAAUCGAUAUUUCGAAAUAUAAAGAGCCAGGUAUACUUAUUUUGAUGAGGAAAAUAUUGUAAAAAAAAAUGCUUAGGGCCCAAAUUUCCGGAUGGUUCUAUCAAUUGGCAAUGUCCUUGUAUGGCUGGUGGAUCGCUAGUUUCUCAUAGGUGAGACUUUUGCAAAAAAAAAAGUUUCUUGAAAAUUUUCCCCAAGAAAUUGAAAUCAAAUAUUGAAGUAAUCGUAAAAUAUUGAUUUUUAUUCAUUUUCCCAGAAUUCUGAAAAUACGCAGAUAUUGUCGAAGUUAAAACAUGUGGCAACCGUAAAAAAUAAAAACCAGUGCAAAGCUGAAUGAAUGACAAACUCGUUACUUCGUCAGUCGCGAGCGGCUGUGCGCUGCGGUUGAAAAACAAUCAAUAAUCCAUUUUUUCCUUUGUUUCCCGACCGCGACGCACAGCCGCACGCGACUGACGAAAUAAUGACUUUGUCGUUCAAUCAGCUCUGCACAGGGUUUUAUUAUUUAUGGCUGCCACAUUUUUCAACUACGACAAUACAGUAGACCUGAUAUUUGAAAAAAAAAAUAAAAUUUCAGAAUCUGAAUCUGAAUCUACAGUAACCAAAUCUCAGUUUAAAAAAGCACAUAUUUUCAGUAACCCAAAAAAAACUCUGAUUUUUUCCAGAUGCGGCAAUUUUUUCCGCGAAUUGUACAUUUGUAUGAAAUCUGAUGAAUCCAAAGAUGCCAGUGUCAAAUGCCCAAAUCAAUUUGUAAAUUGGGCGGCGUGUAUGCAAAAUAUGAGUGGUAAAUAAGAUUUUCCAAAAUUUUCCCUCAAAAAUUUCUGAAAUUUCAGCUGAAAAACGAGAAAUGAUGAGGAAGGCGAUGACUGAAACAACAACUUCGUAG